ACAACCAAACCCAAACGCUAAAGAUCACGUAUAGUACUAAAUGCUGCAUGCAAUUGCAAUGGCAAACCUUAACCAAGAAUCUCAACCCCAGGCUGAGGUUGUCGUGAAUGUCACAAGCACUAUUGAGUCUAUUGGCUCUUCCCCACAAAAUAAAACCGGAGUUCUUAUCAAAGCCAAGGCCUUAAUUUUGGCAAUCUUGAUGAAAUUGCAUGCGGGGUAUUUUCGUAUAAGCCUCUCUCUGUGCAGCCAGGCGUUACUAUGGAAAACGCUAAGCGAGCCGCCCUCAAACGGCGGCGGCGACAUUCACUCUUUAAGCCGAAUGCUCCACAGGCUGCCUUCCACGGCUUUCCUUGUCCUAUGGUCUUUAGCGCUCUUCACGCUGGUCUCGCUGUCUUUAAUCUACGCCGUCCGAUGUUUCCUCCGCUUCGACAUGGUUAAGGAUGAGUUCCUGAACCACGUCGGCGUGAACUACCUCUUCGCGCCGUGGAUUUCGUGGCUCCUCUUGUUGCAAGCCACGCCGUUCUUUAAACCCAAGACGGCUUAUUACCUGGUGCUUUGGUGGGUGUUUGUGGUCCCCAUCGUGGCCCUCGAUGUCAAGAUUUACGGCCAGUGGUUCACCAAAGGGAAGCGGUACCUCUCCGGCAUCGCCAACCCGACGAGCCAGAUGUCGGUGAUCGGAAACUUGGUCUGCGCUCGAGCCGCGGCUCAGAUGGGGUGGAAAGAGAGCGCCGUUUGCAUGUUUUCACUGGGCAUGGCGCAUUAUUUUGUCCUCUUUGUCACCCUGUAUCAGCGGUUGCCCGGAAGUAGCUCGAUUCCGGCGAUUCUCCGGCCGGUUUUCUUUCUCUUCUUUGCUGCUCCGAGCAUGGCAAGCUUGGCUUGGGACUCCAUCUCUGGAAACUUCGACAACUCGUCAAAGAUGCUAUUUUAUCUCUCCCUGUUUCUCUUCAUUUCCCUGCAGGUGUGUCGGCCGGCGUUAUUCAAGAAAUCCAUGAAGAAAUUCAACGUGGCAUGGUGGGCGUAUUCUUUUCCUUUGACGGCAAUGGCGAUGGCGUCGACGGAGUACGCGCAGGAAGUGAAGAGCACAGAAGCCCACAUCCUAAUGCUCAUUCUUUCUGGGCUUUCUGUGCUGGUUUUGCUUCUUCUUUUGCUGUGCACUGCACUCAAUACCACUUUGCUUCUCCCCGCCGACCACGACGAUGGCCAUUGCAGUAUUGUUUCUUAAUCGUUCUGAUCUGGUGUAUAUAUAUAUAUAUAUAUAUAUAUAGGUAUCUUGUUAAUUAGAUGAAGAAAGAUGAAGAAGGUCCCUUGAGCCAAUGAAACUCAGUCCAAAUUAUUGGGAAGAAUGAAGUUGAGGCUCUGAUCUUGGACUGAUAAUAUGCAUAUCCCAAGUUCCGUUCUAUAUAUCGUUGAAUUAAUGAUCCAUAUAUGUAUUGCGUAAUAAUGCGUAUACAUGGUAUCACUUCAACCUUUCAAAUUAUUAAUUAAGAUGAUUUUUUUUUUAAAUUUCUGGUCACUUUUUAUUUUAACAGAUAGCUAGGUAAUUUUUAUGUGUAAUAUUUAAUACAUUCAAUCUGAAAUAUAAGGAGCAUUAUAUUUUAUA